AUUUCGUCAGUUGAUGACUCGUACUCGGCUUAGAAACAUGUUUUAUGAUAACUACGUUGAAACCUAUUUCAUUAUUAUUAUUCGUUAGUAGAAAUAAAUGUGAUAAAAGUAUCGGCGUACUUUAAAAUGGAAAUUCCUAAUGAUAAGGAAAAUGAUUUGGAAUUCAAGCGGUCUGUUUCAAAACAGGUAACCUUGGGAUUACUAACGAAUUUUUCAAAUCUAGGACCUAGCAUGAGUUUAGGAUUCUCAGCUGUUGCUUUACCGUUUUUAAAAGGAAUUUUAACUGAUGACCAAUCAUCUUGGUUCGCCAGCGUUGCAUCUUUGGCUACGCCGUUCGGUUGUUUUUUCUCCGGACCAUUCGCAGAUCGGGUUGGCCGACGAAAAGCAAUUUUUUUUGUCAACUUCGUCUGUAUAUCAGGUUGGCUGACAAUCGCUGCUGCCUGCAGAGACGCCACAAAGAUACAUUACCCUUUGCUAAUUGCCGGGAGGUUGCUUACAGGUUUCUCCACUGGGCUGUGUAGUUCACCUGCUACAGUGUAUAUGGUGGAAAUAUCUAGCUCAGAGUUACGAGGCGUAUUUGCCACUUGGGCUUCCAUUUCAUUCUCACUAGGGGUACUGCUGGUCUAUUUCUUGGGAUUUUUGUUGAAGGAUUCACUGGGUCUAAUAUCCCUCAUCAGCACCGGCUUUCCCUGCGUUGGAUUGUUAUUCGCCAUUUUCUUCGUUCCAGAAUCUCCAGUCUGGCUUGUGAGAAAAAACCACAUAGAACAAGCGAAAAGCAGUAUGUGCAAAGUUUUCGGCGCAAAUACAUACAACCGAGUGAUUCAAGCAGAGGUGGAUAUGUUGUUACAAGAAAAAGGAGUAAAGAAAAUCAACGAAACGAAGUCUUGGACGAAACAAGUCGUGAGAAAAAUCAAUUACCUGCUGAAACCAGAAUCUUUGAAGCCGAUGGCGAUCGCUACAGCUUUCUUCUUCUUCCAGCAGUUCAGUGGAACGUUCGCCAUCAUCUUCUACGCCAUCGAUAUAGUAGAAAACGCGGGAAUUACUUUUGAACCUUAUAUGACUAUAGUGGUUAUAGGAGUCGUGAGACUUUUGAGCGCCAUAUUAGCUAGUUUUCUCAGCAGAAGUGUUGGCAGGCGGCCCCUUUCUAUAGUGUCUGGUAUUGGAAUGACAGCUAGCCUACUGAUUCUCACGGGGCUUAUUUUCCUGAAGGAAAAUGGCACGGAAAACCUAACAGAGCUUUCGUUGGUUAUGCUUCUCGGUUAUUUCGUCACCAGCUCCCUUGGAUUCCUUCCUAUUCCUUUCGCCGUAACUGCUGAACUGUUUCCUAGUAAAAUUCGCGGUACUGCAACGGGAUUGACUUCAGGUUUGGGCUACGUCUUUAACUUUGCAGCCGUUAAAGUUUACCCGGAUAUAGUCUACUUUUUUGGACGGAAGGGUGUGUUUUCUUGUUAUGGAGUAGUGGCUCUGCUUGGUACCGUUUUCGUGGUGACCUUACUACCGGAGACUAAAGGGAAAAGUUUGCAGGAAAUUGAGGCUUAUUUCAAAAGGAAGAGGAUGGACAUAGAUGAUAAUAACGAAAUGUCGCUCAAGAGUAAUUAUAGUGAUAGAGUCCUUUAGUCAUUAAAUUUUUCGCGGUUCAGAGAUUGAGUUUGGUUAACAUAGAGUAUUUGUAAAAAAUCGUGAGUACGAGUAAAUUUUGUGACAAAAUCAUUAGAAAUACAUCUUGACUGUGAUAUAUAUAUUUUUAUUUAUAUAUUUGUAUCGAUUUCGAUGGUUCGCACAAUAUUUACUUUUAUAAUAAAUAGUAUCUAACCUUUUGACUUCGA